AUGCUGAGAAUUCAACAGCUCAAAUCUGGCUCUUUUUUAUUUAGACCUUUCUCGAGAAGUUUGGCCUCUCUCGAUGCCUCUAAAGUUAAGAUCACGAACGUGAGGGAACACUCUGUGCCCAAGCCAAAUGACCAAUUGGUUUUCGGCAAGACGUUCACCGAUCAUAUGCUGGCGAUUGAAUGGACCGCCGAAAAGGGUUGGGGCGUUCCUGAGAUUCAACCAUACGGACCAUUGACGUUGGACCCAUCAGCCUGCGUUUUCCACUACGGGUUCGAGCUUUUUGAAGGGUUGAAAGCUUACAAGACAUCCGAUAACAAAAUCACCAUGUUCAGACCGGACAUGAAUAUGGCUCGUAUGAACAAAUCUGCUGCUCGUAUUUGCCUGCCAAAAUUCGAUUCAGAGGAAUUGAUCAAACUGAUGGGCAAGUUGAUCCAACAGGACAAACACCUGAUCCCAGAGGGGCAAGGGUACUCUCUGUACGUUAGACCUACUUUGAUUGGUACGACGCCUGCAUUGGGUGUCUCCACUCCAGACAGAGCCUUGCUUUUCGUCAUAACGUCCCCAGUGGGGCCAUACUACAAGACCGGUUUCAAAGCCGUAAGAUUGGAGGCUACGGACUACGCCACGAGAGCGUGGCCAGGCGGUGUCGGUGACAAAAAACUGGGAGCCAAUUACGCACCAUGCAUCCUGCCUCAGCUGCAGGCAGCCUCCAGAGGGUACCAACAGAACUUGUGGCUAUUCGGCCCUGAAAAAAACAUCACCGAAGUUGGUACCAUGAACGUCUUUUUCGCAUUCAAGAACUCCGCUACAGGUAAGAAAGAGUUGGUCACUGCGCCGCUGGACGGUACCAUCUUGGAAGGUGUCACGAGAGACUCUAUAUUGACGUUGGCAAGAGAAAGACUAGAUCCAAAGGAGUGGGAAAUUAACGAGCGUUACUUCUCCAUUAACGAAGUCGCCGAAAAGGCUGCAAAGGGCGAACUUUUGGAAGCAUUCGGUGCUGGUACAGCCGCCGUUGUCUCGCCUAUCAAGGAAGUUGGCUGGCAGGGCAAAGAUAUCCAAGUUCCAUUGUUACCGGGCGAACAAAGUGGUGCAUUGACGAAGCAAAUUGCCCAAUGGAUCUCCGAGAUCCAGUACGGGAAAGUCCAACACGGCAACUGGUCUAGAGUUGUCGCCGAGUUGGACUAA